AGCAGCCGCCGUCGCCGCCGCUCGCCGAAGCACUGCCUCCGACGAAUCCCCACCUCCGCCGUCAUCCUGCUGCUAUACAAUCCCACCUCCACAUGCCCUCCAGCCAUCGCUGUAUCAUUCCCGGUUCGUUACCGCAUCUGACGACGAAGGCCGAGCGAAUCCCCACCUGCCCGCCAUCCUUCGUCUCCUCGUGGUUCGCGGAGCUGGGUUGCUGAGCCUGCUACUCUCUCUCGGGUUAGUUCUGUUCUUCGGUCUCUCGGAUUCGAUUCAGUCCUGCAGAGGAGAACCAGCAGUGCUCGGAGUUCUUUGGGCAACUGGAUCGAUUCAAAGUCUGAACCUUUUUGGGGAGUGGCGUAAUCGAAGUCGGAUUUCCGUCACAGAAUCAGCUCCCAGCAGAGGAGGGGAGGCCACCCAUAAGUACACCCAAGAGCCUGCCUGGCCGUGCUCUCCGUGUGGCCCAUCCAGGAUUGUAACCUUCCAACAAGCAAUUGUUGUUCUGAAAGAGCCGAUUUAUUAUCUCCAAUGGGUGGUACUGUAGCGUAUCCAAGAUUUCGAGUCUAGCCAUCCACCGGAGGAAUCUGCGUUCUCUGGUCUUCAUCAGAGUGCCUAAGCUGCUAGGUCGACAAAAUUCCUCAAAGUAGAUAUACAUGGACCACCGAUGGAGGUUGCAGUUGCCGAAUUACCAGUGCUGCCACAAGAUGUCCUGAUGUCCAUAUUUGCACACCUGGAGAUCCCUGACCUGAUGCGUGCCAGCUCCGUCUGCUCCUCGUGGCGCUCCGCGUUUUCCAGCCUGCGCAACCUUGAGCAGUACCAGCAGCGCCAGACGCCGUGCCUCUUAUACACAUCUGAAUCUGCUGGUGAAAGCGUUGCGUGCCUCUACAGCCUCUUGGAGAAGAGGUCAUACAAGUUGACUCUCCCGGAGCCACCUAUUCGCAGCAGGUAUCUGAUUGGGUCAUCAAAUGGCUGGCUGGUUACUGCUGAUGAGAGAUCCGAGAUGCAUAUUCUCAAUCCCAUCACAUGUGAACAGAUUGCUAUCCCGUCGGUGAUCACCAUCGCACAUGUGACUCCUGUUUUUGAUGAAAGAGGUUCCUUAUGUAAGUACAUUUCCUCUCGUGACACAGCGGAGCACCGUAGUACCACCGGCCCUCAACCCGUUGAUCUUGGCGAGCUGCAACACUACCUCCAGAAAAAGGCAUUUGUAUUUUAUGAUGCAUCUGCAGGAGGCUAUAUCGUGGUGCUUAUUCACAAUCCAGAUGGGCAGCUCUCAUUUGCUUGGUUAGGAGAUGACAAGUGGACCUGGCUGAAACCACAUUGUUUUUUUCAAGACUGCUUGUACAAAGACAGUAAGUUAUAUGCAGUGACAUUGCUAGGAGAAAUUCACGUCUUCGAUCUCAGAGGCCCUGUGGUCGCAGCAAAGGUAAUUACAGGCUGCGCAGAUAAUUACAGUUGUCGAACAAUUUACAUUGUUCAGGCUCCAUGUGGGGAUCUGAUGCAAGUUUUUAGAUCCCAAGAUGUGGUUCAUUAUGAUCCACGUGCUGACAAUGCAACACAUGUGCACUAUACUGAUGGGAUAAAAAUAUUUAAAGUUGAGACUGUGGCUGAAAAGGUUAUGGAAAUAAAUAGCUUGAUGGAUCAUGUGUUGCUGGUUGGGCUGAACCAAUCACUUUGUCUCAGUGCUGAAGAAUACCCACAGUUGAAGGCCAACACCGUCUACGUUGCUGACGACCACGAGUAUCUAAACUAUUACAAGAAUAACCGCCGUGACAUUGCAGCUUUUGACUUGACACAUAACAGUAGUGAGGAACUUGACUCCCCUCAGCUUUGGUCCAACUGGCCUACUCCCAUAUGGAUAACCCCCAGUCUUACAAAAUGGCAUCCAACAUUGGACAGACAAUGAGUUUUCUUCAUGUCCAGAUAAUGUAAUUACCGUGUAUAGCAGAUAUAAUGAAAAUGUUUUGUAUGGAAGGAAAAGGGAAUAAGUUAUGAUCA